GAACGCUCUGUCAGUUCUGCUUCAACUCGCAUCUCCUCUAGGAUCGUUAGUGCUGGAACGUCUCUGAAAAGCCUUUUUUCCCUCAGCAUCUUUGCCACUCAGGCAGGUUCGUGGUGUUUUGAUCAGGUGAGAUUUCUCUGUGCCACACAUUCAUUGCUGGCUGCGCAUUUGCCAAUCGCUUCCAGCUUCAUUGUCAGUUAUUUCGGUAGUCGAAAAAAUGGUGUGGUCGGUGGUGCAUAUUCACGCAAGUCAUUGGGGCAGAGCCGGUUUUUGGUUAAAAGUGUGUGUGUGUGUGUGUGUGUGUGUGUUGGUGUAUGGGUGUAUGUGUGUUUGGUGUAAUCGAUUCUGGAAGAGAAAAAUAAGAGUUCAUCAAUAAAUUGUGAAAAGAAAGAGAAAGAAUCGUCUGGCUGGAGUACCGCGGAGUACUAGAUGCUAGGGGGCAAAGUGGUAACGUGUGAUAAGGACAGAACACAGUGUGUGAAAGAGAGCACAAACUGAGAUAGAGAGAAACUGAACUGGUGUGUGUGUGAAAUAGCACCGCGACGUUGUGUUGGUGACCAGUGCUGGGCGCACAGAGAGAAGAGAGAAAGACUGAUCGCUUGGAUUGUGUGCGUGACGGCUGAUGCGCUGCGCGAAAGAGAGAUGCCAGAGAGAGAUAGGGCGAUAGGGCUAGAGCGAGUGCGCGCGAUCGUGCACAACAGGCGGCGCAAUGGCAGCUCCGUCUGCUGCGGUGUGGUAGUUGUUAGUAGAGAGUGAUCCUUGUCAUCGAACGGACAGUCUUUCCUUGGCUCCCGGGUGUGUGCGCUGAAAAAGCAAUAGAGCGAAGAGUUCGAAGAGGUAGGCGCGCUUGUGAGCAGCUCGAUACUGUAAAAAAAGAAUUUUCCGGAUACACACGGAAAGUCCUCGGCAAACCCCGGAAGUAGCAGCAAGCAGCAGCACCAGCAGCAUCUUUUGCAUAGAUACCGAGCAAAAAGCAUACAAAACAGAAAAUGAGCUGGCAGGAUUACGUCGACAAUCAGCUUCUCGCCUCGCAGUGCGUGUCGAAGGCAGCCAUCGCCGGUCACGAUGGUGGCGUUUGGGCCAAAUCGGAGGGCUUUGAGGUGUCGAAGGAGGAGGUGGCCAAAAUUGUACAGGGAUUCGACAAAACCGAACUGCUCACAUCCGGCGGUGUGACACUAGCGGGCCAACGUUAUAUCUAUCUGUCCGGUACUGACCGAGUGAUCCGUGCCAAGCUCGGCAAAACCGGUGUGCACUGUAUGAAGACGCAACAGGCUGUUAUAGUAUCUAUCUAUGAGGAACCCGUGCAGCCCCAGCAGGCGGCAUCCAUAGUAGAAAAGCUGGGCGAUUAUCUAAUUACCUGUGGUUAUUAGAAAGGCAAACAACCUUUAUAGGCGAGGAAAUGGGAGGGGGCCCGAAGUGUGUGAGUCGAUAAGGCGAGAAGAAGCGAGGAUAAGGGGGAGUGAUGAAAGAACCUAACAGAACAGCGAGCGAGAGAGAUUGCGUGAAGAUUAUUGCCGUGCCGACGAGUGAAUUGAUUGCCGAGCCUUGUGGAUGGCGUCUGUGUGUGUGUGCGAGUGUGUGAGAGUGUUUUUGCACGUGUGUGUUGUUGUUGUUUGCCAAUAAUAGUAGCAGCAGCAGUAGCAGCAGCCGCAGAAAACCAUUUGCCAUUCAGCCUGCGCCAGUCUUUGCUUGCUGUUCGCAUCACACACCGUGCGAUUGGUGGGGCAGAAGAUUGGCUGUGGGGACUAGUGGAUGUGCAGAGGGGGGCAGCAAUAGCACACACGGAGCAAAUUGACGGAGCAGCACCAACCCCACACAAGCAGCAUCCAGCGCCUGACACGGUAGCAGUAGCGCCAAUACUGAGUAGCAUCAAGAAGUACACACCUGAAUCGUGGGGGGUAGGUACGAGCAUGAUCAGCAAAAAAAAAAGGAAGGAAGAGAGACGAGAUCGUGGAGAGUUAAGAACGCUUGGCAUAUUAAGCAAAAGAGAUGAUCACGAACGCAAGACGUAAACAUGAGGAGAGAAACAAAAAAACAUACUUUCAUACAGCUUUUUUAUAAUUUAAACCUAGAAACACACUUGAAUAAAGAGAUGCAGCAGAAGAAUACAUGAAAAAAUAGAUCGCAACAUAUUAUGAACCUACGAAGAUUGGAUAAUGGAAUUUUGGAAACUUGAUUGAUUGGGCGAGGAAGGGAAAACACGGAAGGAAAGAACAUCUAACAAUUUUCGCGUGUGCGUGUGUGUCUGUGGUGUAUAUGAUGGUGAUGGUGGGUGUAUGUUUGUGAGGUGUGCGGCAUUGUACAGUGUAGAAAGAAGCUCAGAUUUGUUGCUACGUCGAGAGAGGUUCCAGGUUUUCGGAGAGUUCGAUAACUUCAACCCAACCAAACCGAUGUGUCACACAUGUGCCAGUGAUGUUAUGUUGCAUUGUCAAUCGCCCCAUCCCCUCACUAGCAAUACAACACACGACCUUAUAUGCAAUCUACUGAGACACACACAUACACGCGAGUUGUAGCCAAAAUACAAUUGAUCGAAGCAAAGGGUAAGUUUGCAGAAGUAUAUCCUCUGUCUUGUUGAAGUUGUUCAAGCAAAAAGUAGCCCAGAACGAUCAACAAGCAAACCAUCUCUCUAGCCUAGCCUACUCUAGCACAUACGAUAUCGGUGCAGAAGAAAGAGCGCAUUUCAAGAUCAACGUUCAUGAUCUCUCUUAUGGUAAAUGGAGUAAAGGAAAACGGAAGGAAGAAAACCCAAGAAGUGCACAAUGGAUAUAAGAAGUAAAAAACAAACAAACAAGAUACUAGAAACGAAGAAGGGACGUAAGAUUACGAAAAUAAGGACUAUGAUCGACUAAAUAAAACACACAUACUGUGGGAGAGCGAGAAAGAGAUAGAGAGAGAGAGAGAGAGAGAGAGGAAAGCUAGGAUGAUACACACACACACAGUGCUAGAAAACUGAAAGAAGACUGCUUAGAGACAAAUACGACUGCACAGAGACACAAACACACACCACACCACAAGACGACCGGAGGAAGGAGACGAGACCCAGGAACACACCACACACACACACACACACACACACACACAUCCAGGACGACAGGGAUAGACGACAGCAACGAACGUCGCGACAGAAAAAAAGGUGUAGGGGGGAACGCUGCGCGAAAACGGUACGAGAGAAAAUAAUAAUAAAAAAAAUAUUGAUAAUACUGUGUAAGCUUAA